GAAUAUAUAAAAAAACGUAGAUUUUAAGUGAACAAUGUCUGUUAAAAAAGAAUCUUCUGCUGCAGCAGCGGUUUUAUUUCUGAACAUUAAAGGUGAACCUAUGCGUUUCUUUAUAAGGCCCGGUCCCAGCAAAGUACAGCUUCAACCUUUAAUAUCGAAUGGGGGAGGCGUUCUCUGUCGGACCCAGGAGCCAAACGCCAUUUUAUUAGCCGAUCCUGGUGACAUCACUGAUGCUGUAAAAGCUGCUGGCCAUUUCUACAUCUCCACCCAGUAUGUAUACGACUGUGUCUCACAGAGCCAGCAGUUAGACAUUGAAAGCUACAGGUUAAGCAAUGUACAGCCCGUCCAGACGAGGGCUGCAUCACGGAAACAGCACAGUACUGGACGCAUGGGCUACUCCCUUGAAGAUGACACAGCCAUUUUAAAAUUCAUAUCCAACCAUCGAAAAGAAGCGAAAGGCAACCGGAUCUGGCAGCAGAUGGAGCAUCAGGGCAUCACGGGUCACAGUUGGCAGUCCAUGAAGGACCGGUUUCUAAAGCACCUGCAGCACAACUUAGAGCAGAAUUCGCCUGAGAAUAAAAAGAAAGGUAGCCUGUUAAAAGAGAGCUCCUCUUCUGAGGAGAAUAUCUUUCGGUCUACGCCAAAGAAGACGUCUAAAAAAAAAGCGGUGUUAGUUUCGUCUUCUGAAUCAGACUCUACACAGAUCAGCUCUGAGCCUGAGGGAGGAUCGACAGAUCAAGCAGACCUCCAACCUUCACAUGAAGAAACGAGGAAUUCUGAAGAUCCUGGUGCAGAAAAGAGCCAGACGGGUGAGGCGAGGAAAGACGCUUAUGGCGAUGAGUCGGUGCCUGAGAAAGCGCGACAGCAUGAUAUCGAACAGCAUGAGGUCUCACCCAAAAGAGCCAGGAUGGACACAGAUGCACCAGCGGAGGCCACAUCAUCUGGACCAAACAAUCAGAUGUCGACACCCAGCAAGAAGCAAAACUCGCUCACACCCUCUUCACCCUGCAGGAGGAAGCUUGGCAUCCUUGAAAGAGCCGCAAGAGAAUUCGAAGCCUCUCAAGUGAUUGGAAGUCAAGAAGACCAGCCUCUGAGUCAGUCAUUAUCCAUUAAUACCUCAGAUACAGACGAGUCUCAGUUCAUGGCAGCACGUGAAAGAGCUGUAAGGGAACAUGAGUUAAAUUCAGAGCAUCCAAAUAACACAGAAGGGUGUGCACCAGCUACACAAAACCAGAGGAACACCCCAGAGCCAGAAGACGAUGAGCCGGGUCCCAGCAGCGCCGCUCUACCCGUAACGUCCGACACUCACAUGUUCCUCUUCCAGCAGGAGUCCCAGGAAGAGCUCAGCCAGCCAUCCAAGGAAGAUCAGCCUUCCCAGAGCCUAUUAGAGACAAAGCAGCAUGUAGUUAGGUUGAUGCAGGAAUCUAAGAAAGACUUGGUUGAGGUCAUGAAGGCGCUCUUAAAGGCCAGCGGUGAUGUCACUCUGGCACUUUCGUAUUUGCUUGAAGGAUGCGAUCUUGAAGUCUAUGGGCCAAUCUGGACUCGGCAUGACGACCAAAUGCUUCUUUCAGGUGACUCAGCUGAUCGUGAGAUGCUUCAGGAGAAAUAUGGAGCCGAGCGAGUGUCCAAGAGAGCGGGUUUUCUAAAAGCAGACUUGUAAAAUAAAAAGAUGAACUACUACAUAAAAAACAUGAACUAGUAUAUUUCAGCCAUUGUCGUGUGCUAUAGACCACAUUUUCUCUUGUAUUGCUAGCAUUAUCAUCCGAAUCUGUUGUGAACAAAUGUUUUUAGUGCCUUUUAAUGACUGUUUUGAAAACAGGAUAAUAAAAUAUAUUUUAUGAU